ACCACCUCACCUGCACCACUCACCAUAUGGAUUGGUUUCAUUGCAAUAAGUGCUUCGCCCAGAAGGGGACUGACUUUUGUGUCACCAGCUGUGGACACAUAUUUUGCAAAAACUGUGCUGGCACAGAUAAAUGUCCAUCUUGUGGAACAAACUGCAAAUAUUUGCUUCUCAAUGAUAAAAUGCGACCUGAAGAAAAAAAGUUUUUCAAAAGCCCUGUUGAAACUGCGCUCAGGUUUUUUGCCUAUAUUCCACAGGUAUGGACUUUCCAGAAAGGCCAGAUGGAGCUGCUGGCCUCUUUUUACAAGCACAAGGCUUCAAAGGCUAAGGCUGCUCUUGAGCAAGUUCAACAGAAACUAAUUACCCAGGAAAAGGAGCUGAAGGCUAUGCAGACGGAAAACAGUGAACUGAAGAAGACUCUCAGCUUUUUAAAGCAUCCAGUCUUCAUCAACAGUGACUUGAAAUUUUGUGCCUCUGUCUCUCAUAGCCGUUCUUCUUCUACGGACUCCAUCUCCUCCAUGCAUGCUUCAGGAGGCACCAGGAUGACCACAAGAAGGUCAACCCCAAUCAACUCUAGAAAUGCUACUCCUUCUCCAGCUGCCAGUCAAAGUUUAUCCUAUAGGCCUGCUUUCUCCUCUUCUCUUACUCCUGGCUUGAAUGACUUCACCCUACAUCCUCCCAUAGUGAGACAAACUCAGAGUGCUAGCAAUAAUGGGCAGCAACAGGAAAUCCCAAACUACAACCUCAACACUUUCAGAGUUCAGAGAGAGGCGGUCCCUGCGUCAGAACAUCGCAGCACUGAAAGGCUACGCCCUGAGCAGUUGAGAUUUACCCUGCUCUCUAUACCAUCCUUUCAGAGCAGGCCCCAUUCUGCCAGCAGAGCCCACCAGCAAUAGCUGGGAAGACCAAAGCAACUUUGCUCUUAGUAGCAUCCUCAUGACACAGAAAGUCACCCUGGUCCUCAAUUCUGAUCACCUGGGACUAGCAGCAGAA